AGCAAGAAAGAGUGCUUUUGAUUAAGAAAGCUAAGCUCAAAGCUAAGAAUGCUGAGCUUGAGAUCAAGAACCUCAAGUAUGUCAGACUUAAGACUAAAAUUGCAGAUCUUGAGGCUAAGAACAUCAAGUAUAUCAGACUUAAGGCUAAGAUUACUGAACUUGAAGCUGAGAAUACCAAACUUGAGAUCAAGUAUGCUGAGUAUGUCAGAUUUAAGGCUAAAAAUGUCAAGCUUGAAACUGAGAAUGCUGAAUUAUUAAA